AUGAGCGCCACACGUACCGGAAUCACCGAGCAGGUGCUCGCUUAUCGUGCACCUAAUCCUCAAGUUGAAGUCUUUGAGCCUCCCAAAGAUCGCGCCUUUUUCGCAGACCCUGAGAAGAAAAGCCUGUUCGCUGCAGUCAAGCAAGUUCGACAUCUCACCCCCUAUAUCGGGACGGAGUUGGUUGGAGUGCAACUCAGUCAACUCAACGAAGCACAAAAGGAUGAACUUGCCCUGUUGGUGGCCGAGAGAGGCGUAGUGUUCUUCCGAGACCAGGACAUUACGCUGGAGCAACAGCACGAGCUGACUAGGCACUAUGGCAUCCAAGACCGAGAUCCCAAUCAGCAGGAUCCCCGUCACGUUACCAUCCUCGGCCGCGAUAACGACAUCCGAGCGUAUGGCGAUUUUUCGGGUGAAUACCAUUCAGACCAUUCUCAUGAAGCCAACCCUCCAGCAUACACCAUGUUACGAAUGGUCAAAACCCCCGAGUUUGGUGGCGACACCAUCUUCACCAGCCAGACGGCAUUGUUUGAUAAACUGAGCGCGCCGUUUCAGAAGCUGUUUGAGGGCCUUCAUGGCGUCCACAGCUCCGAGGUCACAUUCCUGGCAUCGGUCAACGCUGGCUAUCAGCCAUUCCGUGCGCCGCACAGACAUGAGCACCCCUUGGUUCGCACGCAUCCAGUAACCAAAUUAAAGUCCCUCUUUUAUAACCCGCUGUUUGUUAUCCAUAUUGCCGAGCUCAAGGGUCAAGAGGGCAUCCAUACGCUCAACUUCCUGCGCGAGCAUCUUCAUGCUGCCGACGACCUCACUGUCAGGUGGAAAUGGGAGGCAGGCAGUGUGGCAUUCUGGGACAACCGAGUCGUUGCUCACAGGGCUCUGCCUGGAGGUUAUGACACGUCGCUCAGGGAAGGCAAGCGCACAGCCAUCUUCGGCGAGGUGCCAUUCUUUGAUCCUUCAAGCGAAACCUUGAGCGAACGCCUCAAGAAAGGAAAGGAGGAACAGGCCCAGGAUAAAACAGUGAAGCUUUAUUUCAGUAACUAG